AUGUGUUGCUUUGAAAGCUGUGUUUUCUCCAAAUGAUAGGAUCUGCAGAGAAUGAGAGGUGCCACAUGCAAGGUGUUGUUGUUGUGCCGAGAGAGGAACCAAUGACUUUGUGUUGACAGCAGAAGUGUUCAGGAUACAGCGGGUCGUUUCGGCAAUCUUUCCAUUCUGCUUCAGCAAGCAGAGGAGGACGAGGAUCAUCAGGAAAGAUGUUCUUCGUGGCAGGGGCCAAAAAUACGGCCGGAUCAAGCAGAGGAAAUGAAAGGAGAUCGAUUUACCAGAAAUUCCGUGAGGUAGAUUUAUUGGACAAGAAGAAGACAGUGACAGCCCUAAAGCCCGGUGAAGAUCGGGCCAUUCUUCUGGGUCUUGGAAUGAUCCUCUCCUCCAUCAUGAUGUACUUUGUCCUGGGGAUCACCAUUUUACGCUCCUACGCAGACAGUGUAUGGACAGAGGAGGGUGUGUGUGUUGUUCUCAACUCCACGGUCACAGCAGACAUGAACUGUUCCUACAACUGUGCGUCAGACUGCUGGAGAGUCUCCAAAUACCCCUGUCUGCAGGUCUACGUGAGCGUCAAUAACACGGGCCGUGUCAGCCGUUUAUCUCACAAUGAAGAGACCCAGGACGCCAGCUCUGAAUGUUUCUAUGUGCCCAGGUGCCAGAAGGACAGCGCCGCCAUGUACGCCAUGAUCAUGAAUAUCUCUGAUCAUCUGAAGGUGAACCAGCAGGUCCCCUGUUACUACGACCCCAGCGAGCAGCAGGAGACCGUACUCCUGACCCGGCUGUACGACCACAGCGUCGUCUUCCACUCGCUGCUCUGGCCCUCCUGCAUGCUCACAGGAGGGACCCUCAUCAUAGUGAUGGUUAAGCUCACACAGUACCUCUCCAGGCUGUGUGAAGAGAUAGGGAAGAUCAAGAGGUGAAAUACGUGCAGCAACUGUCAAAGCCCAGCAUAUGGCGGUUUGGUGAUGGACACGCGACAUGAAAGGGAUUGUUUUAACCAAAUGACCUCACCGUGACCUCUUGCAAACUUUCCUCUUUGGCUGAGACAUUCGGAACAGCUGACUUUCACUCCGGAUCGAGGAUGUGACUGUUUAUAAAAGUGGACUGAAUGUUCCACGGCGGAAAGUGUCAAGACUUGUAACUGGCUGUUACAGGGAAAACUAUGACCGGAUUUUGCAUGGUGUUAUGGCAUUAUAAAAUGUUUUGAGGGUACUUGUUUACAAGAAAGUUUUUCCUGCCUGUAAGUUUUAAAUAUAGUGUAUUAUGAGUGUGUGUUUGCUAUGUCACAUGAUAUAUAUGACAACACCACUGUAUAAUCUAAACAGACAGAGCAAAACACUUCUUUCUUUCCAAAAAUGUCCUGUUUGUGGUCGUUUGUGCUGACAAAUAAUAUUCAGCACUUUCUCAAACUUUCCUAUUUUUUGAUUACCAUAUAUGACUGUUUGCUGAAUAAUGAUGCUUUUUUUUUUUAU